UAUAUUUAGGAUUAGGCGGAAACAUGUCAACACGUGUUGUUGUUUUUUAGCUGUCUAUUUUAACUAGUAGUUAGUGAGUUUACCUUCAUCAUGUAGUAAUAGGUAGUUAACGAAAUCGUCGGGCCUUUGGAAAACUGACCUCAUACUUUGGCGUGCUUUGUAACGUCAACGUGUGCACGCCCCAAGACGAACACUAUCAUUUGAGUUGGUCAAUGACAGUUUGAGAUUUUCAGAAAGUGGUCUGGUAUUUAUCUAAGAUUCGACGUCGCUAGUUAGCUAGGUGUCCAAGUGAGUUAACUAGCUAAAGAGUUUGCAGGCAAGCUUGGCUCUUCGUCUUAAGUGAGAUGAUUCUGAGAAAAAUACCACCAAGAACAUGCAGGGCUUUGCUUUCUCGGGGAGGGGCGUUGCAGCAGGAAGCUUGGUGCUCUUCCGUGCCCGCCCAGCCAGUGCCCCCGCUUGCCCAGACCCUGCAGGGCUACCUGCGGGCCCUGGAGCCCCUUCUGCCGCCCGAGGAGAUGGACCACACCAGGAAGAUGGUAAAGAGGUUCUCCCAGGAGGGCGGGCUGGGUCCCAAUUUGCAGGAAGGUCUGGAGAACCGAGCAAGAAGCAGUAAUAACUGGAUAGCAGACUGGUGGGUUCAGUGGGCAUACCUGAAGAGCAGGCAGCCUCUGCCCGUACACUCCAGCCCUGCCAUCUCCCUCCCCAAGAGAGACUUCUCAGAGUGGAGGGGCCAGCUGGUGUUUGCGUCUAAGUUGAUCGCAGCCGUGCUGGAUUUCAAAGCCAAAGUGAACAAUGGUCUGCUGCCAGGGGAGUUCAUGCGAGGCCAGCCUCUGUGUAUGGAGCUGUUCCCCCUGCUGUUCUCGUCCUGCAGGAUCCCAGGUCCUAAACACGACCAGGUGGUGCAUCAUGGCCACGCUCGCCGCUCCCCCACGCACAUCACCGUGGUGCGCAACUACCAGUUCUUCCAGCUGGAGGUGUACAACAGCGACGGCUCCAGGAUGACGGAGAGCCAGAUCCACGGGCAGCUGCUCAGGAUCCGGGCCCAGUCCUGGAAGACCGACAAGGAGCCGCUGGGAAUCCUGACCAGCGAGCACAGACACACCUGGGGCCAGGCAUACACACGGCUUCUCAGAGAAAAGCUGAAUAAGGAGUCUGUGCGAGUGAUUGAGAAGGGACUCUUCACCCUGUGUCUAGACUCUCCUGUCAUGAGGAUAUCAGAUGAGAAGUACUCCAGUCGCAUGGCUGCCCAAAUUCUGCAUGGGGGCGGGACCUACUCCAACAGUGGAAACCGCUGGUUCGACAAAACGCUACAGUUCGUGGUGGGUGAGGAUGGUUCCUGGGGGCUUCUGUAUGAGCAGGCCACAGCUGAAGGUCCACCAAUAACCACCCUCUUGGACCACAUCCUGCAGUACUGUCAGAAGCCCGACCCGAAGAGAGCUCCGCUGGUGCCCCUGCCCAUGCCCAGGAAACUCUACUUCUCCAUCGACCGCGACAUCAAGAGAGACAUAGAGCACGCCAAGCAGAACCUGGAUAUCCUGAUCAACGACCUGGAUAUAAACUGCUUCAACUUCCAGCGGUUUGGGAAGGAGCUCCCUAAACGACACAAUCUCAGUCCCAACUCCUUCAUCCAGGCUGCGGUUCAGUUGGCCUACUACAGAGUUCACCGUGAGGUGUGCCCCUCCUGUGAUAUGGCCUCCCAGCGCAUGUUCAGGGGCGGACGCACCGACUACAUCCGCUCCCCGACUAAUCAGACGCUCCGCUUUGUGAUGGCCUUCGACGACCCGGUCGUGUCGAUGGAAGCCAAGCGGGAACUCUUAAGAGAAGCUGUCGAGGCCUACAGUGCUCUCACUGACCAGGCACUCAGAGGGCAGGCCAUCGACCGCCACCUGCUGGGCCUGAAGCUGCAGGCCAUAGAGGAGGGACUGAGCGUGCCCAGACUGUUCAUGGACACGGCCUACGGCCUGGCCACGCACUGGAAACUCAGGACAGGACAGGUGCCGUCCAACACAGACAGCGUGAUGUGUUUCGGCCCCCUGGUCCCCGACGGAUACGCCGUGUGCUACAACCCCCAGCAGGACCACGUGCACUUCUCCAUAACGGCCUUCAACUGCUGUGAGGAGACUCAUGCUGAAACGCUGGCCCUCACCCUGAAGAGUGCCCUCUGUGACCUCCAGGAGUUACUGCAGCCCGGCGUGUAGCGUGGGACCUCGGCACGACCCUACUGCUGGAGGCAUGCUCUCUUGCGGGGCUUCACUAAGCUGAUUUAGAGCAUUGUGUGUGCUGGAUAUGGGUUGGAGCGUGGACCUACAGGAAGGUCAGCCAGCCCUGGUGUAGAGGUUACAAGGGAAAUGCCUGUUAUCGCCUUGUAUUUGCGGUGCUAAUGUUUGGAUAACUGAUUGAUCUGAACUGUUUGCUGCGCGCUGUUGGCUAACCUGCUGCUAUGACAAGCUGCUGUUUGCCAUAGAUAACUGUUUUGAGAGGAAAUCAAAGAGACACAACACUUAGCUGUGCAAUUGUUACAAGCACACUGCUAAUAUCUAACAAACUGUCCUUCAGCCCAUGUCGGACAGCAUCUGUGAAUGUACUCCUGAAAGAGUCUGUUCAGUACCAGCCACGGUGGUGUUUUAGAGAGGGGGGGUGAGGUGGCCAGGUGUGUUAAGUGUGUUUGUAUUCCUGGUACCUUUGAACCACAAAGCCACCUCAGCACCACAAUUCAGCCUCUGGGUUGUUAAGUAAAAGAUUUGCUGAGAGGUUUUCGGGUUGUGGAUAAUAAUCACUUGCUUGUGUCGUGUCAUGGGCCUCCUGUGUUAAGCGUUUCAGUGUGUCCUAAUUUUGCGUUGUGUUGGAUGAGUUUCUUGAAACCUUUAGUUACCCUGUAAAGGACCAAAUCUCUUUAUUGGCAAAUAAAAAAGCACAAGCUUGCCUCAGCUCUGCAUAUGAAUCUAUUCUUGUUAUUACCUCUGUAUCAUAAUUGCCAAUAAAUAUAUUGCGAUAUUCUUAAAGAAA